CCCUUCCUCGCUUUCUGGCAUCUGAUAUCAAUUCUUUUUUUCAGGUCCUCAAGAUGGCGGUUACAGAUGCUGGCCACUAGGUCGUGGGCUCGUUUCUCUCGGAAAGUUUACAACAGCAAUUUAGCAAGCGUCUAGCAUCGGUCAUGAGGAUUCUUAACGUUAUGCAGGCAUCUACGCUUGACUAUCAGUUCAUCAUUCUGCCCCUUCUGAAGUCAUUCAUGCGGGAACUAUUUGAGGUUUUGGUCGACAAAGACACAAAGAAGGCAGAUGCUGCAAGAGAAGCACUUUUAUCAGAGAUUGAACUGGAAGCCAAGAAGAAGAAAAAUUUUGAGUCCAAGAAAAAGAAUAAAAAUCAGAGAAAGAAUAAGGAUCCAAAGGUUACUCAAGGUGAUGACCUGUAUGUACCGCAAGAGGAAACUGAAGAACCAGUUCACUUUCCUGUUAGCUACAAUGGUGAUUAUCCUAGUUCUGUGAUUGUUGUUGCUGCAAGAGCUGAUGAAUUGGGGCUACAGGAAGAGGAACUUAAGCACCACAUUUUAUGUCCUAGUCAUGUCGUGCCAAGCACCUAUCAUCAAUUGCUCCGUUUCCCUACUAAACAAGGCAUUGAACAAAUCCAUGGUUCACAGAAAUCGGCACAAACAUGUUAUCUCCUUGCAGCGAAGACACCAAGAGCGCUGGAAGUGAAUUCUAUUGAGGUGCCAGAUCGAGAGAGCCUUGACAAUGUUAGACGGCUUCUAAGCGAAAAGGCCAUGGAAACCCUGGAUCGAGUUGAAAUUGUCGGGAAUCCUGACAGGUUCUUCAUGAUCGGUGCCUCCCUAAACGAAGUCGACAGAUAG